AUGUCGUCCAACACACAAUUCUCUAACUCCGGCGAUAAGAACACGGAGGUGUACUCCUCCUCCACGGUGCACAGGCAUAUCGUUCUUACGAACGGCGGAGCCAUCGCUUUGCUGCAGGUUGCAGACCAGUCAACUGAUGCUGCUGAUAAUAAACACAUCACUAUCUUCUCUUUCUGCGUCUUCUUUCUGAUCUACGCCGUCCUAGCAGUCAUUGAAGUGAAGCUCACAACUAACCAACCUGAUCAGACGAUCCGUCACUUUGUUGGAUACGUCAGCCAUCUGUUUGGUGCUCUCGCUGCUCUCACGCUAAUCUCCCUUGUUUCUCCCAUCUUCACUCUCAUCGUAGCUCCUCUAUGGCUUGUUUGGUUCUUCUUCAUCAUGUAUGUCGUUUUAACAAAGCUCAUUUGGGUCGAGAUUAAUAACCACCCUGGGGAGGCAAAUCCGUCGGACCAAACCUCUCAACUAUAG